UGGUUACAGAACACCUCUGAAAGUGUCAAUGAUGAAGUUGAUGGCAACAAUAUGUGUGGUUUCAGAAAGAAAAAGGGAGCCAAAGGUCCUACCAAGUACCUCCCUCCUUUAGAAAAUGAGAGGAUGGAGCUGCCCCACACCUCCAGAGUGCCAGAGCCUGGUCCCCCCCGAGGAAGCCCUGCUUGCCCAGAAGCAGCAGCCCAGCCUCCUCACAGCAUGGCUAGCUCUCCUCCAGGACAGAAGGACACAGCGGGCGCUGGCAGUGCCCACGGUGCCAAUGGCACCGAAGAAGAGGUGUCUGGAGACAGAGAAGAAAUCCAGGGAAGUGCUGGCACUGGGAAAAGAGCAGUAGGGAAGAGACAGGAGGAGACGGAGACGCCAGCCAGAAGCGAGCUUCCCACGGGCGUGCAGCCAGCACGGGGCGCAGGGAAAGCCGGGCACGGAGAGGCAGCAGGCAGGGCAGAGGGCAGCAAGAAGGCAGAGGGCGAGCAGCACGAGUGGGCUAGGAUGGGAGAGGCCAAGUUUCAUGUGAGCAGGAUGGGCUCUCUGGGCUGCUCUGCAGAGCCCUUCCCAGCACCGCCUGACCUUUCCCCGCAAAGCCUGCGAGAGCUGCAGACCCUGCGGAGGGAAGGGCCUCUGCCUGCGCGGGGGCACGGCCACAGCGGCCGGGCAGGGGGCCCUCUCCCUCAGAAGAACUCCAAGCCCUGGGAGAAGCCAGGCAGACCCUUUGGGAGCCUCGGCCCCCACUUCGGAGAGGAGAGCCGGAAGCAGCACAGCUUCGCCCCGCAGCGCGAACACCUCCUGCCCCUCAGCUCCGCGGGCUCCGACCCGCAGCGAGCCGCGGGAAGCGACUCGGAGCAGCUCCUGCUGGGGCUGCCGGCAGCGCCCGCGCACGCAGGAAGCCCAGACGCCGAGAUGCAGUUUGGCUCCUCUGCAGACCACGCUGCAUCCAGCAGAGAGCCUGAGGUGAAUGACCUGGGAAAUUCAGCUCUGCUCCAUCUCUUCUCUCACAUUGAGUUCAUCAAGCAGCAGAUGGCCAGGGACAGUGUCCAGUUUGUCAGGUUUGAAUCCAUAGACCUCCAUGGCGUGUCCAGAUCCAAGAACAUUCCCUCUCGCUUCUUCCAUGAGAAGGCCAUCCACGGUGUUGCCAUGCCCAGGAGUUACCUGGAGCUGACUCUGAACCCCAAAGAUAAUGAGUUAGAUUACAUCAAUGCCACCAAUUUCAACUGUGACAUCAUCCUGAACCCCGACCUCUGCACCUUCCGCGUGCUGCCCUGGACCGAGCAGACGGCUCGAGUCAUCUGCGACUCCUUCACCGUGCUGGGCAGCCCCCUGAUGACCUCCCCGAGGCACAUUGCCAAGAGGCAGCUGAGCCAGCUCCAGGCCCAUGGCUUUUCUCUCUACUCUGCCUUCACCUACGAGUUUUGUAUCUACGGCAUCACUGAGGUGGUCAACUCCAAGACAAUCUCCUUUCCUGCAGCCACCAUCCUCAACAACCACGACCAGACCUUCAUCCAGGAGCUCAUCGAAGGGAUGUACUACGCUGGUGCCAACAUCGAGAGCUUCUCUUCCUCCAGUGGGCCCGGGCAGAUGGAGAUCACUUUUCACCCAGCCUUUGGCAUCGACGCUGCCGACAGUGCCUUCACCUUCCGCACGGGCAUCAAAGAGGUGGCCAAGAAGUACAACUACGUGGCCAGCUUCUUCUCAGAGUCAGGCUUCUACAACUCAGGGGCCCUGGCACACAGCCUGUGGGACCUGAACGGCCAGAAGAAUCUGUUCUCUGCUGGCUACGGGGCAGAGGAGCUGUCGGACAUGGGCAAGCACUGGCUGUCAGGGCUGCUGGCCCACGCCGCCGCCAUCAGCUGCCUGAUGGCUCCUACCACCAGCUGCCGCAAGCCCUACUGCAAGUACAGCAAGGAGUCCAAAGAGACUGUUAAUGCCCAGUGGGCCUACAAUGACAACAGCUGUGCCUUCAAUGUCAAGUGCCAUGGUGGCAAGGGCACCCUCAUUGAGAACAAACUCAGUUCUGCCACAGCCAACCCCUACCUGGUCCUUGCUGCUACCAUUGCUGCAGGCCUGGAUGGCAUCAAGAGAGGGCUCAGGUAUGAUGAGAUGCUGGAAGAAGAAAACCACAGCGCUGACCUGAAACACUCCUCAGUCCCUCUGAAACUGGAAGAUGCUCUUGUGGCACUGGAGAAGGACUCGUGCAUCAAGGAAGCCUUGGGAGAAACCUUCAUCAGGUACUUUGUGGCCAUGAAACACUACGAGUUGGAAACUGAGGAAAUGGACAUUGAGAGGAACAAGUGCCUGGGUUACUUCAUUUAGCAGGAAGAUACCUCUGCAGUGGUGCUGUGCCAGUGUGAGCAGUGAGUGCCUACCAGUCAUGA